AAUCGGCGCGGGCGGCCGUUGUUGUGGAUCGUUGGGGACGGACCGGAGCCGCUGACUAGGUCAUAUCGCAGGUCUCAGUGUUUCAUUUUUGGACUCUUUCUGAGCGUGCCGCCUUACUUUCGACGACAGGGUGUUUAUUAAUCUGGUGUGUUCUGCUCCGUGAAGUUCGAGGAAUAAUUAAAUUGAUCUGUAAUUGAAAAUGGCAGUGAGAAUAUUUGUGGAAAAAGAAAAUGAACUCUUGUGUACCCGUACAAAAAAACACCUACUUUCCUCUUCUACAGCUGAAACAUCUCUACUGCAGACUCCCAAAGCUGGAAAAAAUUUAAUGACACCUCGCUUACAACAGUCUGCAAGAAAAGCACUGGGGGAUGUGAACUGUAUUUUGCGUACAGGCGCCAAGACUGAUCAUCCUCAGAAAAAGGGAAGAGAAAAAGUCCAUAAAACAAACAGUAAUGUGCAAACUUUAAAAAAUAAGCCCACAGAAAAAAUGUCAAUAUCAGACCCACCAAAAUGCCAUUCUGAGAAACUAGAUGACUGUCCUGAAAUUGAGACUUUAAUUCCAUUUGAUCCUUUUGACUUUGAAGACUUUAAUAUACCAGAAGAACAUCGGAUUAGUCACAACUGCCUGGCAGGCUUGUCACUCUUCUUUCUUGAGAAGGAAGGAGCUUUAAUGGAGAAAGUGCUAAAUAAAGUCCAUUCACCUAUGAAAUGGCCUUCUCUUCCAAAAUUAUCAGGUUUGGAUCUUGAGAAUAUUGACGACUUGGCAGACCUGAAUGAAUUUGAUAUUGAAUUGCCAUCAAUGGAAUAUGACUUCUGAAGACUAAUAUCUGAAUCUUCUUGUUUAUUUUAAUUUAAUUUGUAGUGUUUGUUGUGUACAUAUUGGAUCUGUGUGUACUUUGCAGAUUGAUCCUGAACACUUUCAUUGUUCCUUGUGCAAUGUAUUCUACAACUCUUAAUAAAGCUUAUUGUAGAGUAGCAUUUGCUUUUUGUUGCUUUCAAUCUAAAUGGUAAAAAGUCCAAUUUUCUUUCAUCGUUUUAAAUUUACUGCUUAAUGUUACUAUUUAAAUUCAUUUUGGAAUUUUGUCUACAAUGGUAUUUUUGUUGAUAAACAUUUCAUCCAGUUCUAAAAUAUUAAUUGUUUCUUUCUGUAGUUGAGUGCUUCCAGCAUUGAUUAAAAAAUUCCCAAGCCCCUCUCCCCAAAAUAAACUUGAUCAUGAAAUCAA